GACGAAGCUAACAUCGUUCGUUCUUCGAUCCGCGAUUCAGAGAUUUAAGGCGACAAUACGAGAGAUCCGAAGGGCGCAACGGCCUUUCUUCCGCUGCUUAAUCUGUAAUCAUGCCUCUCAGACUCGAGAUUAAGAAAAAGUUAGCUCAAAGGUCUGAGAGAGUGAAAUCUGUGGAUCUGCAUCCCACUGAACCAUGGAUUUUAGCAAGUUUGUAUUCUGGAACCUUGUGCAUUUGGAACUACCAGACACAGGUGAUGGCAAAAUCUUUCGAGGUGACCGAUUUACCAGUUCGGUCAGCCAAGUUUAUUGCACGAAAGCAGUGGGUUGUGGCUGGAGCUGAUGAUCUGUAUAUCCGUGUGUACAAUUACAAUACCAUGGACAAGGUUAAAGUGUUUGAGGCUCAUUCAGACUACAUCAGAUGUGUGGCUGUUCAUCCAACCCUUCCAUAUGUUCUGUCAUCUUCUGAUGAUAUGCUCAUUAAGCUUUGGGACUGGGAAAAGGGUUGGGCGUGCACUCAGAUAUUCGAGGGACACUCGCACUAUGUGAUGCAAGUCACAUUUAAUCCAAAAGACACCAACACUUUUGCCAGUGCAUCACUUGAUCGUACUAUAAAGAUCUGGAAUCUUGGUUCUCCAGACCCAAAUUUUACAUUGGAUGCCCAUCAGAAAGGAGUCAAUUGUGUGGAUUAUUUCACUGGUGGUGACAAGCCCUAUCUAAUUACCGGUUCUGAUGAUCACACUGCUAAGGUCUGCUUCAUGUUCACUUCUCUGGUUGUUAUCGGAUAUGAUGAAGGAACCAUCAUGGUUAAACUGGGACGAGAAGUUCCUGUUGCUAGCAUGGACAAUACUGGAAAAAUCAUAUGGGCUAAGCAUAAUGAAAUUCAAACUGCGAACAUCAAAAGUAUUGGUGCAGAUUACGAGGUUACUGAUGGAGAGAGGUUGCCCUUGGCUGUUAAAGAGCUGGGAACCUGUGAUCUAUAUCCACAAAGCUUGAAGCACAAUCCGAAUGGGAGAUUUGUCGUAGUUUGUGGAGACGGGGAGUAUAUAAUCUAUACGGCUUUGGCUUGGAGAAAUAGGUCAUUUGGUUCUGGACUGGAAUUCGUCUGGUCGUCUGAGGGUGAGUGUGCGGUUAGAGAAAGCUCAUCAAAGAUUAAGACAUUUAGCAAAAAUUUCCAGGAAAAGAGGAGUAUCCGCCCUACUUUCUCAGCUGAGAAGAUCUUUGGAGGAACCUUGUUAGCUAUGUGUUCAAAUGAUUUCAUCUGCUUUUAUGAUUGGGCUGAAUGUAGGCUUAUUCAACGUAUUGACGUCACUGUAAAGAAUCUUUAUUGGGCUGACAGUGGUGACUUAGUAGCCAUUGCUAGCGACACGUCAUUCUACAUCUUGAAGUACAACCGCGACUUAGUUUCCUCACAUUUCGAUAGUGGAAGAUCUACUGAGGAAGAAGGUGUCGAGGAUGCUUUUGAGGUUCUUCAUGAGAAUGAUGAACGUGUUAGGACAGGUCUAUGGGUUGGUGACUGUUUCAUUUACAACAACUCUUCUUCAAAGCUUAACUAUUGUGUCGGAGGCGAGGUAACCACAAUGUAUCAUUUGGACCGGCCAAUGUAUUUGUUGGGAUAUCUUGCAAGUCAAAGUCGGGUCUUCUUGGUAGACAAAGAAUUCAAUGUAAUAGGAUACACCUUACUGCUAAGCCUGAUUGAGUACAAGACUCUUGUGAUGCGAGGUGAUCUCGACAAAGCCAGUGAAAUCUUACCAACAAUUCCUAAAGAUCAGCAUAACAGUGUUGCUCAUUUCUUGGAGUCACGAGGAAUGACUGAAGAAGCACUAGAAAUUGCCACAGAUCCCGACUACAGAUUUGAGUUGGCCAUACAACUGGGUAGACUUGAGAUUGCGCAGGAAAUCGCUGUAGAAGUACAAAGUGAGUCUAAAUGGAAGCAAUUAGGGGAGUUGGCGAUGUCAUCUGGGAAGCUUCAAUUGGCAGAGGAGUGCAUGAAGUAUGCGAUGGAUCUGAGUGGUUUGUUACUGCUUUAUUCUUCUCUGGGAGAUGCUGAAGGUGUGUCAAAACUCGCAACACUUGCGAAAGAGCAAGGGAAGAACAAUGUUGCCUUUCUUUGCCUUUUCAUGCUCGGUAAAUUGGAAGAUUGUCUGGACUUAUUGGUGGAGAGCAACCGAAUACCAGAAGCUGCUCUAAUGGCAAGAUCAUAUCUUCCAAGCAAAGUAUCUGAGAUAGUAGCUCUUUGGAGGAAAGAUCUCAGCAAGAUAAAUUCAAAAGCAGCAGAAUCUUUGGCUGAUCCUGAGGAGUACUCAAAUCUGUUUGAUGAUUGGCAAGUUGCUCUCUCUGUCGAAGCAAGAGCUGCAGAAACAAGGGGAGUUUAUACAGCUGCAGAAAGUUAUCCUAGUCAUGCGGAUAGAUCUUCAGUGACCUUGGUGGAAGCCUUUAGUAACUUGCAAGUUGAGGAAGAGGAAUCACUUGAAAAUGGAGAUAUGGAUCACGAGGAGGUGGUAGCAGAAGAAACCGGAGAUGACGAAAAGAAUGAGGAUGUUGAGGAACAUCAUCAUGGAGAACAAGAAGAAGAAGGAGUCGUUGUUGAUGGUGACUCUACCGAUGGAGCAGUGCUUGUUAACGGAAGUGAGGCUGAAGAAGAGUGGGGUACGAAUAAUGAAGGAAACCCAUCAGCCUAA